GAACAGCUUGCUGCGUCGAGACGGCCGCCAGUCACUAUAAGUUUGAGGGCGAGCCGUCCAGCAGUACGUGUUGUGCCCUCCUGCAGCAGCGAACAUGGCUUCCCGUCUCGUUUCCGUCGUCGCCCUGGUCCUCGCGGCCGCGGCCUGCGCCCUGGCCAACCAGUCCCCCAUCGACAUCAUUCCCGCCGACGCCGUGACCACCACUCUGGCCCCCCUGAGCUUCAAGCACUACCACUCCUCCCAGAGCACCUACUACCUGUCCAACACCGGCCACGGCGCCCAGAUCACCCUCAAGAACUGGCUGUACAACCCCAGGGUCAAGGGCGGCCCUCUGCCCAAGUCCUUCAUCCUGGAGCAGGUCCACUUCCACUGGGGCUCCACCGACGGCAAGGGAAGCGAGCACCACCUCAACGGCAAGCCCUUCUCCAUGGAGGUCCACCUCGUGCACUGGAACAGCAAGUACGACUCCUACGAGGAGGCCGCCAACCAGCCCGACGGUCUCGCCGUCGUCGGCUUCUUCAUUGAGGCCCUCGAGGCGUACAGGAACCCCGACUUCCAGAAGCUCGUCGACGAGAUCCCCAAGAUCUCCGCCGCCGACUCCAGCAAGGUCGAGUCCAACGCCAACCUCCUCGCCUGGGUGCUGCCCAGCCUGCAGAAGGGCGGCUACUACUCCUACCCCGGCUCUCUCACCACCGAGCCCUACUCCGAGAACGUCAUCUGGAUCGUGUACGAGAACCCCAUCAUCAUCGGCAAGUCCCAGAUCGAGCCCUUCAGGAGCAUCGAGAACCACCACGAGGAGGCUCUCCUCACCAACUUCCGCUCCCUGCAGAGCAACAGCGACCUCCAGCUGAAGUACAUCCCUGCCUAAUAAGGGCCAUCGUCUUCAAUAAAUCAAAAAUAAAAUAUUGAUUUUCAAAA